AUGGCGGCGGCUCAGGUACAAUCUUUACUUCGCUUCCUAUCACAGGAUGCCAAAAUGCCACUUGCGUCCGCAAUGGGUAAAGUCAUGGAACUUCAGAAGGCCGGCCUAAUAACUCCUGAGCAGAUCUCUAAAUCAGAACUCAAAGUUCUCCAGAACAUCUUUAAGGAUGACAAGCUGGCCAAACAAGUCAUGAACGCAGCAAAGAGAGUGUGCAAAAAGCGAGGCUCAUCUGCUGAAGACACCCCGGCUCCCUCAAAAAGAGUCAAAGGUCCUUCUCGCACACUUGAAUCCAGCACCCCCUUUGACACAGAAUGUGCGCUGGCUCUUCCCGAGUCGAGCAUUCCAGAAGAAGAUCUGUCCAACAUUACCCUGAUCACGAACCGAGCACCACUCGUGCUUGCAUUUGCUGUGUGCGUGUUAAGAUACACAAUGCCCGAGCAGCCGAUUUCUAGCAGACUGAGUCUUGCUCAGGCUGUGGUAAGUGCUAACAGUCGAUCCAAAGCCGUGAGCUUGGGCAUUGAGAGUGAACCCUCCGCUGAAGAAGAAGGAUGGGGAGAGGGCCAGCCGGUGGUGAGGGUCUUGGGCAGAGAGGUGAAGGUGUUGAAGAGAUGGGACUAUGACUCGAGAGAGGGUCGGCCGCCGAAUAAAGGCACUGAGCCGGAUGCGAACGCUCCUGUCGUAUCCGAUGAUGUUUUGGGACAUGUGUCCCAGGACGAAUCAGACAAGGCACCGCCACUCUGGGGUAUCGAUACGGAGGCCAUGCGGAAAGCCCAGAGCUCAGACCAGGAUGUGAAAGUGGACAAGCCUUUGCCCAUCUUCACUCCUGAUUCAGCACGAUCAUAUUUGCAUAAGGCAUUCACCAAGGCUUCUGAUGAAGACGUACCCUCACGCAGGACAGCCGCAAAGAAUGCCUCCCUGUUGGAAGCAGAAAAGGAGGAAUGUCUCGCGCAUCUUCUACGCGCCAUUCACAUUGUCUUCCAGUCCUGGGCCUCCAGUCUCGCCCGGGACGAAUUAGACCGACGUGCAUGGGCCUGGACUCAACAAUCGCAGCAGAAAACCUACAACACCAUUCCCAUCGAUGCGGAUCUGACGGAGGACCCUUUUGGGGAUGAGGCACGAGUGUCAUUCGAUGAAACUCCGCACCGGUCGAGUCUUCCUCCUAAGGGGGUGGACUUUGCGAAUCGCAAUUCCGUCGCGUCUACUACACCUUCCACCACAGCUCGCAGUCAGAGUAUCUCGUCGCGCUUUUCGAUACCCGUUCGGGCCAUGAGUCCUUACACUGGGGCAACCGGUCCCAGCCAUCCGUAUGCGAUGUACCCGCAGGUCGGUGUCAGUCGCUCCCCAAGUGUAGCGACCGCAUCAACUGUACGCCCCGUGGACCAACCGUUGGAAGAUGCCAGUGGACCGCAACAUCCGUAUGCGAUGUACACCCAGAAUGUGGUCCCGGAGGAAGACUUGGACAGUGCCAUGGACAAUGCGAUAUUGGAACCUCCUAUGAUGGACAACUCCAUGGUCCCCCUUGGCUUUCCCGGCCACAAUCAAGCAUACCAACGACCGCCCGGUCGGGCAGAUGAUGACGUCGGGGAUUUGAUUGGCCCUGAUGGACACACAGAACAGCUUCCACCUUACUCCCGCUAUCCCGAAAAUGCCGUCCCCAAGGUAGAGGGGACGUUUGCGCCCGUCAAUGAUGCUGGCAUCACGUCGGACGAGACCCUCCACAAUGAGCGUGCAGGUCCACCCAUGUCGGAGGUUACAUCAACUAAUGUGCCUUUGGAGGAACCAAACCGGAUGAGUGCACGAAGUAACUCACAAUCUGAAGAGCCUCCGCUAACCGGAAUCAUGGCAUUCGAAGAGAAGUUGAAGAGAAAGGGUAAAAAGAAAGCCUGCUGCGGGCUGCCCAUUUGGACGAUCGUUUUGGUGGGGGUGGUAAUGCUUGUGGGAGGAUGCAUUGGAGGUGUCAUUGGUGGUGUGCUCGGGGCGAAGAAGGCAGCGGAUCAGGAACACAAGCAGCCCAGCGGCCCGCAUAUUGUCACGUCAACUGUCACCCCAAAGAUGGAUGCGACUCCGGUUACAUCUACUCCAAUCAACUUGCUGGCCCUACCUACUGGCCAAUACGUUAUUCCGGCAUCUCCGAAGAACCAGUCCAAAUUUUGCGUCGCGGAGUCGGAUUACCGAGUUACAUGGUCCUGCAUGAAUUCGGGAGAUAUCCCUGUCGCUGUUGGAGGCACAGAUAGCCAACGUUCGAUCACGUUUGAAGAUACUACGUACUCGUCAAGUCUUAGCUAUGGAGCUCAAGCACCGGUUCUUUCCAACCCGACACAGAAUCUUUCAAUGGCAUAUGACCUCAACGAUGCCAGUUUCGGGCCCGCUUUGCACUUUUGGACCACCUUCGACAAGCUGGUCGUGGUGCCUCAAGAUUCAUUCCCAACGCACGCGUCAUCGAAACGCUCAUUGUCUGAGGAUGAACUGUUGGCUACCAUGCUUGUUCGCAAGGAUGUAGCCAAAGCAGGAGAUAAGCCGUGGUUCUGCUGGUGGAACAGUACCAUAAUCGAAUUCUUCUUAUACAUCAAUGAGACCACCAAGGAUGCCCAAUACAGCGCGACCGCCACGUCAUCGAGUUAUGUUCAAACCACGGGAGGUAGCUCGAGCUCGGUAUCCGACUAUCCCCGCCGGAUCAAAAUGGAAGAAAAACGAGAAAACCCCGGUGCCCCUAGUCCUUAUUGUCAACAGAUGCAAGUGCUUGAUGACGGGUCAGUUGGUCCCAUAUCCCAGGAGACUGUCCAGGUCAAGGAGUUACAGCCUACACCCACAACAACGAUCCAAGUCACCGGCUCAACACAAACUUAUACAGCGAAGGCCGAGUACCAGAGCGUCUGCUACUGCGUGUCAUUGACCGAAUGA